UACCUUGCUGUAAUAAAAGGAAUUUUGGCUCUUAACCAUAUUAGCUGUGAUACUUAUAUUUAGCAGACUUAAAAAAUAACGCAAUAGAUAAAACCGUCUUGCGUAUGUUUUGACGUGAACAGAACAAUAAUAAACAAACGGAUUGUAUUAUUCAAAGGUGUAACAGCUGUUACUGAUUAGAUUUGACUUUCAGCUGUGAAAAAGUUAUUGUAUUGUGUUAGUGUAAUUAAGAGGUCAACACAAUUAACAUUUCACAAGAGAAAAAAAUGAGUGACACAAAAGAAAAACGAUCCAAAAGUGAAGGUAAAAUACAAGCAGGGAAUCUGAGUCGCUUUCCCAAUGAAAACAAUCGUAGUAUUCCCGAUAUAGCAGCCAAUGUACCUCUUAUGGAAUCGUCCAAAGAUGAGCAGAGAGGAACAGAAAAAUACCAUGAUGAGAGCGAGAUGGCUUCGGGGAAGAAAAAUAAAUGGGGUGUGGCAUAUUAUAAACAGGAAUACCCUGAGAGGGAAUUGGAGGAUGAUGUGAACCCUAAUGAACAGUUGGUCCAGGAUGUUUCCAGUACUGCAGUCCUUACACCACUGGAUGAUGACCUUGUGGGUGAGGUCAAAGAGCUGGAGGACCGUGGUAACUGGUCAGGACGGUUUGAUUUCCUCAUGUCCCUCCUGGGGUACUCUGUAGGGCUAGGAAAUGUUUGGAGGUUUCCCUAUCUGGCUUACAGCAAUGGAGGAGGGGCAUUUGUGUUUCCUUUUGUGCUGAUGUUACUACUGCUGGGAAUCCCUCUUAUGUUUCUGGAGUUGGCCCUAGGACAGUAUGCUGCUCUAGGUCCUUCUGUUGUGUUUGACAGACUCUGCCCACUGUUUCAUGGCCUUGGUUAUGGAAUGAUCAGUGUAUCGGGAAUAGUUUCCUUAUACUACACAGUCAUCAUCGGCUGGUGUAUUCUGUAUCUCUUCACGUCCUUUACAAGUGAACUGCCUUGGGAAAAGUGCCACCCUGAAUGGGCUACAGAACAUUGCUAUUCCUACAAGGAUGCUGAUAUAUGCCAUGAAGUUCCAGGUCAAGUUUACUAUAAACAAGUUUGCUACAAUGCCACAGUAGCCAUGGAGCGGAAUCUCAGUAUGCUGGCUAGCAAUGUCACAAAGCAUGCCCCUGCUCAGGACUUCUUUGAACGUGGUGUACUAUCUCAGUCUGGUGGUAUUGAGGACAUUGGAAUUCCUCAAUGGAAAAUCACUUUGUGCUUGCUUUGUGCAUGGUUAAUGACUUUUGCAGCACUCAGUAAAGGUGUCAAAUCUACUGGAAAGGUUGUAUACUUCACUGCCCUGUUCCCAUAUGUUGUGCUGUUUAUUCUGUUUUUCCGUGGAGUUACAUUACCUGGAGCUGCAGAUGGCAUCAUCUACUACCUUACACCUAGAUUUGACAAACUGGGAGAGGCCAAGGUGUGGUCAGAUGCUGCAGCUCAGAUCUUCUUUGCCCUCAGCCCUGCCUGGGGUGGACUUAUAACACUGUCCAGUUACAAUCAGUUUCACAACAACUGCUUCAAGGAUUCUCUGAUUGUUGGUAUUGGAAACAUCUGCACCAGUAUAUUUGCUGGUUUUGUGAUCUUUUCCAUUAUUGGCUACCUGGCCCAUGAGCUUCAGAUGCCUAUUGACAAAGUCGUAGAUCAAGGUGCUGGUUUGGCAUUCAUAGUCUAUCCUGAUGUGGUCACCAGGUUACCUAUAUCACCACUGUGGUCUAUUCUGUUCUUUAUCAUGAUGAUCACACUGGGUAUGGGAAGUGAGUUUGCCUUGCUGGAGACAAUGAUGACAGCUGUACAAGACACCUUCCCACAACUGAGAGCCAAGAAAACUUAUGUUGUAGCAGUGGUGUGCUGCAUUGGAUUCCUGGGUGGCCUGUCUGUAACUUGUAAUGGAGGCAUGUACAUUCUACAGUUGAUGGACAACUACGUGUCUAGUUGGUCAGUCUUCUUAAUGGCAGGAUUGGAGAGUGCAAUGAUUGGCUGGAUUUAUGGUGGAGAUAGAUUCAUUCAAGAUAUAGAGAUGAUGAUUGGAGUCCGAGGACCACAUUUCCACAGAUUCUUUAAACUCUUCUGGAAAUUCCUGUCACCCAUGACUCUAGGAUUCGUAUUUCUGUUCAACUUGAUCCAGUACAAACCUUUGGAGUUUGGAGAUUAUAUAUACCCCAUGUGGUCCAAUGGGAUUGGAUGGAUUCUUUCAUUGGUUCCAAUCAUCUUCAUCACAACCAUUGCAAUUACUAAAAUUCUAAAGGCACCCAAGGAUAAGUCUAUUUUGGAGAGAGUGAGGCUUCUAUUGAAGCCAACCCCUGCAUGGGGACCAGCACAUAAAGUGCCAACCUUUGACAUCAAUGAGCCUGAUGAUGGAAUUAUUUCAAAUCCAAACUUCAGUACUGUUAUACCAAACUAUGACCCUAAUGAUCCAAAAGUGUAAAUGUCUUCAUUAGAAAUGGUAACAAGUUCAAAAAGAAGAACGGAAAAAGUCUUUGCUCAACCUCAAAAGUAUGAGUGUAUUUCAAUGCAAGAUUUUGGUGUAUUAUUUUGCAAAUUAUCAAUGGACUAUUAUGGAUUAUUUGACUGUUUUCUUCUUUUAAAUAUACCUGUGAUUCAUUGUUGAAAAUCUUUUUAGUGCUUUAUUUUUAAAUCCAGUUUUUAAAAAUAAUUUUACAACUUUUGCUUUUAAAAAUAUUUUUUACAUUGUUUUGGCUUUUAAUUAGUGGAUGCAUACUUUGUUAAUGGUAUUAGUUGCCAGAAGUUGUUAGUUAGGAAUAACCUUUACAUUGUUAAGUAUGAUUUCUCAGACUUUAGAUAUCUGUGAAGGAGCUAGGAAACAUAUUUUUGAUUUUCUGUGAUGUUUUGAUUAUUAAUAAGGCCCUGAUCUAUAUUUAUUUUGUAUCAGUUGCAUAAUGAUUUGAUUAAAACAUGACUGUAUUUGUGUUCAGUGCGGUAUUAAGUGUACAAUUUGUAGUGUUUGCAGAAGAUGAAUUUAGAGUUAUUUUCAGCCUUUGCACACAAUUUUUUUUUUUUUAUCAAAUCCAUAAUCACUUGUCAAUAAACAUGCAUUAUUUGGCAGCUUAUUAUGAUGUUUACUGAGUACAUAGGAAUUAUCAGUCGGACACUGCUGCUGAAGGAAGGAGUUGUAAAUUAAUUGUUAAGAAUUUAUGACAUUGUUUUUAUCAUCUAUAGAAUUAUGGUUUGAUUUUAUUUGAAUUUGUGCUUAGUUUGUUAAAGGAUUUUUUGCAUUAACAUGUGCAUGUAUCAUCAGGAAAAAAGAUUUUAAAAAAAGGGUUCAUUUGCAUAUUCAGCCAUUGAGCACAUGCAUUUAUUUGUGUCCAGAACUGAUGUGCUGCUAUAUUUUUUGGUAUAAAAUUGUUCUGUGUUCUUAAGUAUUACUCAUGCAUAUUAUGAUGUAAUAUUUUCAUUUAAAAUGAAUGUAGGAGCUUUUUGUUUUUUUUUUUA